AUGGCGCCCUCUCACGUACUAAGAUGCUGUCAACGGGGUUUAUCUUGGAUACCUGUUAUUUUCAUAAACUUGGUCGUAUGCUGGUCCUAUUACGCCUAUGUCAUGGAGCUCUGCUUAUACACAAUCUCAAAUACUGAGGAGCAGGUGAUGUACCUGGUGGUCUUUCAUAUCUGCUUUAUCAUGUUCAUGUGGUCGUACUGGAAAACUAUCAUCACCAAACCUGUGAAUCCAUCCAAAGAGUUCUGCCUGCCCAAAGCUGACAGGGAGCAGUAUGAGAAAGAGGAACGCCCGAGGCCUCAGCAGGAGAUUCUGAAGAGAGUGGCCAGAGACUUGCCCGUAUACACACGCACUGGAUCUGGGGCCAUCAGGUACUGUGACCGAUGUCAGCUGAUUAAACCUGACCGCUGUCAUCACUGCUCCACCUGUGACACGUGUGUGCUGAAAAUGGACCAUCAUUGUCCAUGGGUUAACAACUGCGUGGGAUUCUCAAACUAUAAGUAUUUUGUCCUGUUCCUGGGCUAUUCCAUGCUCUACUGUGUCUUCAUCGCUGCCACUGUUCUGCAAUACUUCAUCAAAUUUUGGACACUUUGCCGUUGGAAAGCUGCUGAACACUGUAAGGUAAACACUUCGACACGCACGCCAAAUUCCAACGUCUUGUUUCUUUUCUUUGUGGCGAGCAUGUUUUUCAUCAGCAUCCUGUCGCUCUUCAGCUACCACCUCUGGCUCGUCGCCAAGAACAGAACCACCAUAGAGGCUUUUCCGGGCCGCCUGUCUUCAGACACGGUGCAGAUAGACGGCUUUACCCUGGGUUUCCGCAAAAACGUCUCCAGGUGUUUGGUGUACCAGAAGAAGUACUGGUGCUUACCUGUUUACACCAGUCUAGGAGACGGCUACACGUUCCCCACUCGCUUUGUAAACGUUGACCCCCGACAAGCAGUUGUUCUUUCACUUGACCAAUAUCAGUCCAAUUGUUGGUCAAUCAGUAGUGUUGACGGGCAAACGAACUCCAAACCGCUAAGCGAAUCUCAGAACCAUCUCCUCGGCAACGACGUGCAAGGAAACGGCACUCAUAUUGCUAGGGACACCUCUAUGGACACAGAUUCCGGUUCUCUGGAGUCAGCUUUUGGCACCGAGCUCUGCGGCACGUCAGCUAGUAGUGCCUGCUGA